AAGAUUGAUUGCUUGAUUUAUUCCCUGAUUUCUGGGCAGAAAUUGACCAGAAAAACCCUCCUCAGGAUCAUUUCCCUCCCUUCCCUUCUUCCCUGACCACUUGGGGCAGCCCAAGACUAGGUGUGAUGACCUCGUACACAAUCUAUCAGAUUUUCUUAGGACACUGAGUCACGCCCUGUUUGAUUGUGCUUUUAAACCAGUGACUGGCAACCUUCUUGUGCACGAGACUAAAUGAAACUUCUGGACAAUUAGUGUGUAGCUACCCUGUAACCCUAAGCAUCCUGGAAAGUGUCCAUUCGGUUCCUCUGCCUCGAUCUUUCCUUCUCCUCCCUUAUAUAUCGGGGAAAAGAUUGUUUUGGAGGUAAGACGGGUUCCUAAGUGAGCUGAGCUGAACUGUCCCUGGGGAGAGACGAAGGGAGGAGGUGGUGAGCUGGAAGGGAAGAUGAGAUGUAGCUUGCAUAUACCUAAUCUUCACAUGGUUUUCCUUUGUUCCCUCCUUUUCUGUCUUCCUCUCUUCCUCCCCUCAAACUGAGAUUCCCUGCCCAUGAUGCCUCUCUCAGGAACCCCAGCUCCUAACAAGAGGAAAAAGUCCACAAAAAUCAUCAUGGAGCUAAACCGAGAUGGUGGGCAGGAGGGGUCCCGGCUGAACCUGGGGAAGAAGAUCAGCAUCCCAAGAGACGUGAUGCUGGAGGAACUCUCCCUCCUCACUAACCGUGGCUCCAAGAUGUUCAAGCUCCGCAAGAAGCGGGUGGAGAAGUUUAUCUACGAGAACAACCCCGAUGUCUUUACUGACAGCUCCCUGGAUCACUUCCAGAAAUUCAUCCCCACCAUGGGAGGUCAGCUGGGAGGAGAUGGCCGCCAGGGUUUCUCGUACGACAGUGGACGGAUGGUCGGCGGGGUCUCGGCGGGGCAGUAUGGAUCUGACCAGCAGCAACAGAAUCUCCAUGGGCAUUCUGCUACGCAGGGAGGCCACAGAGGGUCCGGUGGCAAGUCCGGUGACGGGCAAGGGGAUGGGACAGGAAGCAGCAGCGUGCCGGGAACAGGCAAUGGAGAUCAUGCAGGAGGAGAAGGAAAACAUGUCACCAUCUUUAAGACCUACAUUUCCCCUUGGGAGCGAGCCAUGGGGGUCGAUGCCCAGCAGAAAGUGGAACUUGGUGUGGACUUGCUGGCCUAUGGGGCCAAGGCAGAUCUUCCCCACUACAAGUCCUUCAACAGGACCGCGAUGCCAUAUGGAGGGUACGAGAAGGCAUCCAGAAGAAUGACCUUCCAGAUGCCCAAGUUUGAUAUUGGGCCCUUGCUGCCCGAGUCCCUCUUUCUCUUGAAUCAAAGCAUCUCCAACAGACCCUCCUUCAACCGGACCCCGGUUCCCUGGCUGGGCUCAGGAGAGCCUAACGAGUACCACAUCGAGGUCAACAUCCCUCUGGAUGGUGAAACCGAGGAGCUGUGAUGUGCUUCCCGCCUUCCACUCCUCACGCUCUCCCUUAACCUCUGCCUCUGCCUGCCCUGCUCAUCUGGGAAGAGUUGAAGUGCUGAACCACCGUUCCCCCAAAUUCCUCCUCUUGUUUUACUUUAUAUCAGCUGCAAGGCCAGUAGUCCCUAGUUGGAUCUGGAUUGACUUGUGUGUUCUCACCAAGAGUAGGAGGGAGGCUGUGCAGAAAAGGAGAGGGGCAGAAACAAGGAGUGUGUUAUUUGGCAGGAGGGGAAAGGGACAGAAAAGAGGGAGAGACCCUGCGGGUCGUUCUAUGUACGGUGCUUUUAGUAAAGACACGGGGCUGACUGCCUGCUUGUUCCCCUAGCCUGCCUGCUCCACAUGGCAUCGCCUCUGUUUUUUUGGUAAUG